UCAUUCCUGCGAAACAAACUCUAAAACUUGAAAAUCAGUUUUUGGACUCCAUUUUGCCAUCUGAAAUUGUCCUUUUUUGUAAACGUAUUUUGAAACCCUUAAUAAUGUUUUUAAUGUUUUUUGGUCAAACCCGAUGACUUGUGUUUUGGCUUUUAUUACCUUCAUUGUUUUGAAAAUUAGAGCAGUAACCUCUCAAAGAAUGAAGAGACAGCUGUGUCUUGAAGCACGGCGGCAGCUGUUGGUUUUCCCUUCACUUCUCCAAUGUGUGUGGAUGGCGAACGUACUACAUAAUGCAUGUAGAUGUACGUAUGUUGUUGUACACUAUGAUGUGAUACAUACAUAGAUAGACAGACGCCUGUGUUGAUUGCCUGAGGUGGUGUAUCUGUACGAGGAUCAAUCCAUCAACCAGUCCUACCCAUUUAAUGAAUUUUGAGAUAGAUAGGGGAUAAUGGAUCCAUCAACUAACCACCUCGUGGACAGACCACCCCAGAAAUCUUGUCCAGGAGGUCUCAGUAUCAAGGGGGUCUUGGAUCUUCCCCCAAUGGCAAUUCAAAGCCAAGCUUGACUACCGUUCCUUUCUUUGUCGUUGGGGUGUGGCGCCUAAACCCCGAUCGUCAUGCCCGUGUUCAACUCGAUCCAGAGCUUUCUUAAGCCGUCCUCGGGCCUAUUGACCACUUCGCCCCCGCCACGGCCCUCGCCUCCGUCCCAACGUCCAAUCCCCAUUGAAGCGUUUCCUCGACCUGCGGUCAUCCGCCCCACGUCGUGGUCCGGGUCCAGGUCUAGAACGCAUCAAGGACCGGCCCCAAGCAUGUCCCCAAGCUUGACCCCAUCCGUCAGCCCCGGGGAGGCGCUCCAGGCCAAGUCCCCCCCAGCCUCACGCCUCCACUACGGUCAUCGAUCCGUCAAUGAGUUUGAUUUGGAGUGGGAUUCUGACAAUCCCGUGCUAUCCAUUCAGCUACACGACUUGGUCACGCCCGAAUGUAAUGCCAUGGGGGUUAAUCCCUCCGGGGGUCUAGCCAUGAUAGCCGGACGUCAAAACUACAUCCUGGUUGAUCUGGAUCAACCCGAUCGAGUCAAGGCCAUCCAUAGUCGUCCCAUUCGACAGGCCAUUCCUGAGCUGCAGUUCAAUUACGCCGUGGAAACAUUGGCCGCCGUGGCCGUGGAGAAAAAGGUUGAGAUUGUCGAUUGGGGUCCGGCGGGCGACUUGCGCUGCCUCACCAAAUUCGCUUUUCAUGCCAAACCCGUCACGGAUUUAAGUUGGCACGAACACAACACUUCGUUGUUGGCCACCAGCGGCGCGGACAAAUACAUCAAUAUCUGGGAUUAUCGCCAAAAUUUGGAUGUACCCGUAUGUCAGUUCGAAUCAAUGGUGGUGGGUGCAACCCAGGCCGUGUGGGAUCGCCAGGACCCGCACACACUGGCUAGUGCUCACUAUGGUGAGAUUCGGUUGUGGGACUUGCGAUAUCCUCAGCGUUGCAAGAAAUACAUCAACGCCCAUAAGGAGCAGAUCUUGGCCUUGGACUACAGUGCGAAUCGCCGAGGCCAUUUACUUAGUUCCAGUAGUGAUUACACCGUCAAGUUUUGGAAUGUCUGGCAAUCAUGUGAGGAGCCACGCGAGGUCAUCAACGUGCCUCACGCGCCGGUUUGGAAAAUGAGGUACACGCCCUUUGGCGAAGGCGUAAUUACCCUCUGCACUAAGGCUUUGUACAACGAAAGCAAUAACUUGAGCUUGUGGAGUGCCCACAAUCUGGAUUGCCCGGUUCAUACCUUUUACGGGCAUACGGACCGGGUCAUGGAGUUUUGUUGGCGAAACAUAAACCCGUCCAAUGAUAGGAAUGAGCUCCAACUUGUAACGUGGUCCAAAGAUCACUUGCUCAAGAUCUGGCCGAUUGGGAACUACAUAGUGGAUAAAGUGGGAUCCCCUGACGAGGACAAUGAUGAAGACGAAACUAAUGACAUCGUGCCAGUAGAACCCAAUGAUGAUCGAGUCAGCCGAGAAUCCUCUGUCGAGGUCUUGGAAUCGGGCGUGGAUAUGAAUUCUGAAGAGGAUCCCACUUCGGGAUCGUUCCAACUUCAAUCAACCGACCCGAUGUCCACUAGUGGUUCGUUGGAAACGACGUCAACGUGCUCGCCAAUGAAGGCCAAUAUUGAUUUCUGUUCGCUGAUCCCGGGAAUAUCCGAAAACAUAUUCCGCGUCGAUCCAGCACUGUCUGUGAUUGACAACUUGUCACGAGAAGGUAAUUCCUCAUCUCCUUCGUUGCGGCUGACCGGUAACUCGUCCAUCUCGUCGGACUUGGAUCAAACUAUGGCCUCAUUAGAAGAGGACGACACGGUGCCCGAGCUCAAAUCGUCCUCCAUGAAGGUUAAUCGAGCGGAAUUCCCCGCCGACCCCUUUUGGCAAGAUUACGUUCCCGGAUCUAUCAAGACCGUUCGAAGUAAAAGUAUGGAAGAGUCUGUGGUAGAGGUGGUAAUGGAUUUAGCAUCGUCCAUUCCGGCGGCAUUAUUUGCUAAGCCACAGCCCAAUAAUUUGGGCGAGGAAAUCAAGUCCCUUACUCUAAGUAGUAACGUCAAUUUUGACCGAUUGGAUCUCGAGGGCAAGCAUUGUGUGCUUCUUGCCAAAACCGUGCGUCACUUGUUUUACCUUAGUGUCGACUUCCCGGAUGACUACCCUUGGGCUUCUCCACCAAAAUUCCGUUCCUUGAGGAACACCACCAUGCCUUCGGAUCAGGUAAAUCCCAUUUUGUCCCGUCUUCGAAGGACUGCCCAACAUCAGACGGAUCGGCGACGACGUUGUCUCGAGAUGUGUGUCCGCCAAUUUGAGAUCGCAAUUGAUACUUACAUUCAAGGGGAAAAGGGCAACGUGGGUGAAAAAUAUGUAUCGCCAUUCAACGUCUUGGGUGGACUAAGGGAUGCAAACGUACCAUUUCCACGUGUGACCGGGGCACGAUUUUGUGGCUUUGAUAAGCUAGUGAUUUUUACUUGUCCCCAGGACGUGCAUAUACAGGUUCAGUGUCAAGGUGUGGAUAAGAAAAUUCCACGUAACUUUUCCACUAUCACCAACAAGGAAUCCGGUUCGUUAUUUCAAACGCCUUCCAAAUCCCGAAAAUCGGCCCAGAGCAUGGCUUAUGAAAGACGUUAUAGCAAGAACCGAAUGAGUUCCACUGGAUCGUCAACAUCCGAAGUUGAUAUGCCACUUGGUCCAACAACUAUCCUUUCGAACAAAAAUGGUGGUGCACUCUUUGGAGCCGAGGAAAAGGAUAGCCGAGGGGAUGUCCCGUGGACGCGCGUAAAAAUCUUCAAUGUGCGGAAAAGUCUCCCCUAUGACAUGGAUCUGGCUAUGAGUUACCGGCUCAUGAAGGGACCAGGGCACGAGUUGGCCGGAAUGAACGCUGGAAUCGCAAAAAACUUGCACAAAGGGGUUGCUGCCAAUGCAUGGGCGUUAGUUCAUAGCGCCAUCAAGUUUCCCAAACUGGUUGAAAAGCGAAUCCAGCAAAAUCCAAGCGGGCGAUGUAAGAAUACGAACCAAAGUUGCAGUUGUCCGUUACUCUCUGAAAAUGAGGUGCUUCAAGGUGAGACGAACCGUAGCCUGAGCUUCAAAAGCGAGCGGCCCUUGGCCAAGUUUCAUAUGGGUCGACAAUUGUUGGAACAAAUGAUCGAUCAUCUGAUUCAACAUUGCGACAUUGUGACCGCUGCUAGUAUUCUCUGCGUACUCGAUCCGCCUCAUCCCAGACCUCAUCCUCAAGCACUGAUCCGGCAUAAGGGGAGUCGCUCGGAGUGUCCGCAUUUGGAUACGGGUAGAGAUGGUGCUAUGGAGUAUGAGGCGUUCAAUGAUGUGGAUUUCACUUCAAAUGGGAAUCAUAAUCUUCAUUCUCAUCAUAAUUCUCAUCCCUACCACACACACACCAACCCCAACCCCCAACCCCCCACACACGUUUAUCAUCAAUAUCCGCAUUCGCACCCCCACCACCAACACCAUCAGCGUCAUAGCUCGGAUCCGAACACUAGGGAAGGAAAUAUUGCGAUAUCUCUUGUCGAUGAUCGUGCUGAUCAAAAAGAAGUUGAUGUUGAUGAUGAAGAUUGGGACCAAGCAGCCACUCUCAUCGAUCCAACCCAUGUGCGGCGGAACGAUGAACUCAAAAAGACUUACCGAACAUUGUUACACUCGGCGGGCUUUUACCUCAAGGCCACAGAGGUGGGAAAGUUUAUCCACUUCUGCGAUGAAACCAUUACUUGCAAAACCACCAUGGAACAUCCAUGCACACAAUGUGGAAAUCUAGUUUUGGGAUUGACAUGCUCCAAAUGCAAGUUCAAAGAUCGACAUUCAAUUUGUGCUAUAUGUCAGACGUUUGUCAAGGGAUUAAGCAUUUAUUGUUUCUUCUGCGGCCACGGUGGGCACAUGAAUCAUGUUCGCUCUUGGUUCAUGAGAGGUAGCCUUUGUGCUGCGGGAUGUGGAUGCAAAUGUGAAUUCACCAUGUUAGCCGAGGAGUUUGUGAAACGCUGAACCCAAAACCUUAUCCUCCAUGUGUUCUUUGAGCCAGACCAGCCUGCAUUUUUGUUUUCUAUCGUCAUUAUCCUCUUUGUUUUCCUAGUCCUGUGUAGACAGCUUUGCAACAUCUUCUGGAUUUUCAUACAUAAAUAUCAAAGACUACUUUUUCACAAUUUAUAUAUUUGUUGCGGGAAAGACUGCACCAUCAAUAAACACACUUUUGGAAACAGA